CCUGGUGUCCAUUCCAUUCACUCCAUCGCUGCGAGACAAUGAAGGAUACACACACCCUGCUCAAUCUGCUUCUGCUGCUAGUGUACCUAGCAGGAUCAGCUGUGACCACUGACGGAGGGAAGGACAGUACCAAUGGUCCCUUGGAACUAACCAUUGUGGGACCUGACUUUGUGACUGUGGGCGUGCCAUGCAGUUUUGACUGUGCUGCCCAGUGCUCUCCCUCCUGUAGCUACAGAAUGAGUAUCGACGGGCAGAUUGGGCAGGGGAACGAAGUGUUCUUCACAGCUCGCCAGUGGGAGGAGUCCCUAAACCUCACAUGCACCGCAAGGAAUGAUGACUCUGGGAGAUCCUCUACAGUAUCUAAAAUACUGCAGGUUUUAGCUGGACCAACCAACAUAUCGAUCACAGGACCUGACUUGAUGACCCCAGGGUCCCCACAAAGCUUCCAGUGUUACGCCGACUGCCGUCAGUCCUGCAACUACACCUGGGGGAUAAAUGGCCGAUGGCUCGGGGGACAGGGGAACGAGAUUACCGUAACUCCCGAAGAAUUGGCCACCUCUGUUACCCUGAACUGCAAGGCCAUCAACAGUGUGUCUGGGCUCUAUGACAUGGCAACAAGGACAAUACCUGUGACAUAUGGUCCCUUGGAACUAACCAUUGUGGGACCUGACUUUGUGACUGUGGGCGUGCCAUGCAGUUUUGACUGUGCCGCCCAGUGCUCUCCUUCCUGUAGCUACAGAAUGAGUAUCGAUGGGCAGAUUGGACAAGGCAACGAGCUGUUCUUCACAGCUCGCCAAUGGGAAGAGUCCCUAAACCUCACAUGCACCGCAAGGAAUGAUGACUCUGGGAGGUCCUCUACAGUAACAAAGAUACUGCAGGUUUUAGCUGGACCAACCAACAUAUCGAUCACAGGACCUGACUUGAUGACCCCAGGGUCCCCACAAAGCUUCCAGUGUUACGCCGACUGCCGUCAGUCCUGCAACUACACCUGGGGGAUAAAUGGCCGAUGGCUCGGGGGACAGGGGAACGAGAUUACCGUAACUCCCGAAGAAUUGGCCACCUCUGUUACCCUGAACUGCAAGGCCAUCAACAGUGUGUCUGGGCUCUAUGACAUGGCAACAAGGACAAUACCUGUGACAUAUGGUCCCUUGGAACUAACCAUUGUGGGACCUGACUUUGUGACUGUGGGCGUGCCAUGCAGUUAUGACUGUGACGCGCAGUGCUCUCCCUCCUGUAGCUACAGAAUGAGUAUCGACGGGCAGAUUGGACAAGGCAACGAGCUGUUCUUCACAGCUCGCCAAUGGGAAGAGUCCCUAAACCUCACAUGCACUGCAAGGAAUGAUGACUCUGGGAGGUCCUCUACAGUAACAAAGAUACUGCAGGUUUUAGAUGAUGGAAAAUCCAUGGCCACACAGGCUGAACAGACUAUAGACCUGCUUCUGUUCACAUUCACACUCUCACUCUACACCGUAAUAUCAACAUAAUCCAGGAAAAUGUGGUUUUAUACAAGGAAGUGAUCUGUUCUCCACAUGCAUAUCUGAAUCAUUUGAAAACAUGUCAUCAUUAUUACAGACAGUGAUGGAACAUGUGGUUUAUUGGUAAAGAACAAAGAACAAACAGUCCCUCUCAUAUCAGGAUGUUAACGAUAUUUGCUGAUGAUAAGUGAAGUGGAAAGGCUUGGCUGAAUCUUUCACUAUCAAAGCACUACGUGUGUUUGUGCAAGUAUCAUCACAUGUAUAACCUAUUUGAAUUAAAUAUUUAAUAAAGACACAUAUACAUGAAUUUA